GAACCCAUAGUGUAAAUGAUCGUUCUGUGCACGUGUGCAUGUCUUUCGUUUUUCACUGAGGGGGAAGAAAUCAUUUUAAGGACAGUUUGUGACAUUGUCUGAAGCUGGAAGGGCAUCUGAACAUAUCUGAAAGGCAGCACACUGAACAGCACAGUAUGCGCUCUUAGUACAUCUCAAAGUUGAGCUGUUUUACUCUGAAAGGGUUUGACAGGAAGCCGCGCUGCGUUCUACUCGAGUUUUGAGUCCAGUCAGAGUUCGGCUGUAGACCGCUCCACAUCGUGCGCUCCGUGGUGAGCCGGAGCGCAGUGAGGGGCCCAUGCUACUUCCCGGGAACGAGUCCUGGGCCGAGGCCGCGGAGGGGAACUACACGGAGGCGGAGGAGGGUCCCGGCCCUGAGGCAGUGGUGGUGCCGGUUCUGUUCGGGGUCAUCUUCGUGUUGGGGGUCGUGGGGAACUCUUUGGUGCUGGCGGUGGUGGGCCGAGCCCGGUAUGGCACCGGGGGCAUCGCAGGGUCCGCGAGUGCUCUGCGCGCCGCGAGCCCCACCAACCUGUUCAUCCUGAACCUCAGCGUGGCGGACCUCUGCUUUCUGCUCGUGUGCGUGCCCGUGCACGCCACCAUAUACUCUCUGCCCGAGUGGGUGUUCGGGGCGUUCCUUUGCACGUUCGGACACUACGUCUUCACUGUGUGCAUGCUCGUGAGCAUCUUCACCCUUACGGCCAUGUCCGUGGACCGCUACGUGGCCGUGGUCCUCUCCAAAAAGUCUGCGCUUAUCCGCAGCCGCCGGAACGCGCUGCUCGGAGUUGCGCUCAUCUGGACCCUCGCGCUCGUGCUGUCGGUGCCCGUGGCACAGCACCAGGUCCUCACGGGGCACCCCACGGCCCCCAACAGCACCUUCUGCUGGGAACGCUGGCCCGGGCCGUCCCGCUCCGUCUACAGAGUGUCCAUACUGGUACUGGGAUACCUGCUCCCGCUGCUGCUCAUCAGCUGCUGCUACGCAAAGGUUUUGUUUCAUCUGCACAAAAAGAUGAAGAACAUGUCCAAGAAGUCAGAGCGCUCCAAGAAAAAGACAGCUCAGACCGUGCUCCUGGUUGUCACAGCCUUUUCUCUGUGCUGGAUGCCCCACCACAUCAUCGCCAUGUGGGUCGAGUUCGGCCGCUUCCCCCUGAACGACGCUUCCUUCGCCUUUCGGAUCGUGGCUCACUGUCUAUCCUAUGGAAACUCCUGCGUGAAUCCCAUCCUCUACGCAUUUCUCUCCGAAAACUUCCGAAAAGCAUGUCGGGAAGUGUUCAACUGCUGCCCCCUAUACGGACCUCCACCCAAAGGCAAAAAUGUGCAGCGAUUCAGGAUGGAUAACUUCUCCACCACAUACUCCACAACCAAUAUAUGACAUGAACUAGUGCUGUUUGUUAUGUGGACAAAUAUGAUGGACAUUGGAAAGACAUUGUUUGUGAUUGACAACUCAACAGGAAUUGCUGAGUUCAAAUGACGUCACAGUAUUCUGUAUCUGUUGCUAACUGAGGACAUUAUUUAUGUGUCAAAAGAAAACAAAAGGUUAAAGU